UUGCAUAAACCAAAAGUCACUGAAAUUAUGACAGAAAACAGCUGAUUUUGCGUAUUGUUAUUGUGAUUCAUUUUGUUGUCAACUGCUAAUGUUUGAUGAACGUAAUUGAAAAAAUUAUGGCUUCGGCUGUGACGGAAAAAGUUAAAGAAAAGCGGAAUCGGGUGCUGGUUGGUCAGCUGGCCGAUGACUUCCUAAGAAUCUCAGUUUCCCCACAACAGCAACAAGAAGCAGCUGAUCGGCAGGCGGCUUUAGCAUUACAUCAGCAAUUUGCAGGUCCGCAACCUUCAUAUCUUUCAAAUCCGGUAGGACGUUUAAGCAUAACGUUAGCUCAAGCGAAAUUAGCGAAAAAUUAUGGAAUGGCUCGUAUGGAUCCGUACUGCAGAGUGCGGGUGGGGCACUGUGUCUAUGAGACGCAUACGGAUGCCAACGGGGGGAAAAAUCCUCGCUGGAAUAAAAUUACACAGUGUAUUCUUCCGCAAGGUGUAAACACCAUAUCAGUAGAAAUAUACGACGAACGUUCGUUUACCAUGGACGAAUUAAUCGCGUGGGCCACAGUUACAAUUCCUCAGCAAGUUUUAAAUGGUGAAACUCACGAGGAUUGGUAUCCACUGAACGGUAAACUUGGCGAUGGUUUAGAAGGAAUGAUUAAUAUUGUUUUAUCAUACUCGGCAGCAUCUCAGCCCUGCAUGUAUCCUAUGGGACCUCCCAUUAUGGUUGUACCAAAUGUAGGCGCUCGUGUGGCCACACCGAUGACAGUCUAUCAAGCACCUUCGGCAGGAGUUCCUGCACCACAAUCAUAUGUAUUAAGCGAAACGGAAUUAAAACAGAUCGAGGAAAUGUUUCCCAACAUUGACAAAGAGGUGAUAAAGACAGUUUUUGAAGCUAAUCGAGGCAACAAGGAUGGUACAAUUAAUUCACUACUACAGAUGUGCGAGUAAAACAAUAUCACAUUUUAUUUAACUGUGGCUUGGUAUUUUAAUUUUUUUAAUUCUGAUACUUUGUUUAGAAAUGUAGAGCUUUAUCAUAAUGCAAUUGUGCCAAAUUUGGGAAUAAUGCAUACUAGUCUGGGUAACAAAAUUUUGUUUGAAAUAAAGUUAUUAUUUAAAAAUUUUGAAUUACAGGUGUUAAAUAGUUACUAACCAUCAUUUUUGCUCUAUGUGUUUGUCUAUAUAACGAUAAUUGCGAUCUAUUGUUUAAUGAUAAUUGUAAGGAUUGGUUUUUUCAUUUCUCAACAAAUGUUUAUUAUAAUAGUGUUAUUUAUCUAAAAAAGGUUGGGAGAUGA